AAGGGGCGGGGCCAAAACGGCCCAGGGGGCGGGCGUUUGAAAUCAGUGCCUUAGAGUAGACCCUAAACAUCAUUUUAUACCUUCAAGAACCAAUUACUUAAUGUCUCUUCCGUCUUUUCCGUCCCCGACCCCCUCCCAGACUCCAUUCCGGUACUGCGUGGACGGAAAGCCCCGGGUAGCCGACACCACGUCCCCGGCUAGCGGGCUAGGGCGUGGAAAAGGAUUACACCAAACUGUUUAAAUCCAGCGACUCCUGCUUCCAUCCUUUCUCCUGAGCUAGAACCAACAAGCCUAGAGAGUUGGGCUUCGGAAAAACUAGUGUUUUCAUUUAAUUGGAUAUGAAGAAAGAACAAAUAAGUACGGGGCAACCACGAUCUUUAUAAAGAACAUAAGUUCCAGGAAAGCAGGAACCUUGUCUCUCUUGUUCACUGGGUGUAUCCUCUGCAUAUAGAACAGUGCCUGACACAUAAUAGGUGCUGAAUUUUGUUCUAAACACUGAGGACAUACUCUGCUACAUUUGGGUCACCCCCCCCUGCCCAGGUCUGAGUAAUUCAAUAGACUUUAAGAAGACAGAGCCCAGCAGCAACUGAAACAUAAGAGUUGCAGGGUCAGCUAACGUCAAUGCCUGGGCAAAGUUGCUGCCCAGAGUGGAAUCUCCCUGGUGAAUAAACAAGCCUGAGAAAGAUUAUCAUCUCAUUUGCAAAAAAAAUAGGCUUAGGCUGGUAGAUCCUGCUACCUCAUAGAUACACCAACCUAGUUUUUUUUAAAAGUAGCAUUUUCCUACAUCAUCAACUACAUAGAACAUACCUAAACACUGGGCGUUUACUGCUAAUUAAAUGGAAACUAUGAAGUCUAAGGCCAACUGUGCCCAGAAUCCAAACUGUAACAUAAUGAUAUUUUAUCCAACCAAAGAAGAGUUUAAUGAUUUUGAUAAAUAUAUUGCUUACAUGGAAUCCCAAGGUGCACACAGAGCUGGCUUGGCUAAGAUAAUUCCACCUAAAGAAUGGAAAGCCAGAGAGACCUAUGAUAAUAUCAGUGAAAUCUUAAUAGCCACUCCCCUCCAGCAGAUGGCCUCUGGGCGGGCAGGGGUGUUUACUCAAUAUCAUAAAAAGAAGAAAGCCAUGACCGUCGGGGAGUAUCGCCAUUUGGCAAACAGUGAAAAAUAUCGGACUCCACCACACCUGAAUUUCGAAGAUUUGGAGCGAAAAUACUGGAAGAACCGCAUCUAUAAUUCACCAAUUUAUGGUGCUGACAUCAGUGGCUCCUUGUUUGAUGAAAACACUAAACAAUGGAAUCUUGGGCACCUGGGAACAAUUCAGGACCUGCUGGAGCAGGAAUGUGGGGUUGUCAUCGAGGGCGUCAACACCCCCUACUUGUACUUUGGCAUGUGGAAGACCACGUUCGCUUGGCACACGGAGGACAUGGACCUUUACAGCAUCAACUACCUGCACCUUGGGGAGCCCAAAACAUGGUACGCAGUGCCCCCAGAACAUGGCCAGCGCCUGGAGCGCCUGGCCCGGGAGCUCUUUCCAGGCAGUUCCCGGGGCUGUGAGGCCUUCCUGCGCCACAAGGUGGCCCUCAUCUCCCCUGCCGUUCUCAAAGAGAACGGGAUUCCCUUCAAUCGCAUGACUCAGGAGGCUGGGGAGUUCAUGGUGACCUUUCCCUAUGGCUAUCAUGCAGGCUUCAACCAUGGCUUCAACUGUGCAGAGGCCAUCAACUUUGCCACUCCACGAUGGAUUGAUUAUGGCAAAGUGGCCUCUCAGUGUAGCUGUGGGGAGGCGAGGGUGACCUUUUCGAUGGACGCCUUUGUGCGCAUCCUGCAACCCGAGCGCUAUGAGCUGUGGAAACGUGGGCAAGACAGGGCAGUUGUGGACCACAUGGAGCCGACGGUACCGGCCAGUCAAGAGCUGAACACCCAGAAGGAAGUCAAGUUGCCUAGGAGGGCAGCGUUGGGACUGAGACAACUCCCGCCCCACUGGGCCCGGCAUUCCCCUUUGCUUAUGGCUGCCCGCAGUGGGACUCGCUCCCACACCCUUGUGUGCACUUCACUCCCACGCCGAUCUGCAGUCAGUGGCACUGCUGCGCAGCCCAGAGAUGCUGCUGUCCACAGCUCUGGGAAGCCCAGAUCAACUCUAUCAUCCACCCCUGGUCCAUCUGCACAGAUUAUCCACCCGUCAAAUGGCAGACGUGGUCGUGGUCGCCCUCCUCAGAAACUGAGAGCUCAGGAGCUGACCCUCCAGAUUCCAGCCAAAAGGCCCCUCUUGCUGCAUACGACUUGCACAGCUUCGGGCCCAGAACCUGAGCCCCUGCCUGAGGAUGGGGCUUUGAUGGACAAGCCUGUACCACUGAGCCCAGACCUCCAGCAUCCUGUUAAGGCUUCUGGGUGCAGCUGGGCUUCUGUGCCCUAAGCCCAUGGGCUGCCUUUAUAUCUACUGCUCUGCUGUGUGGAAAUUUGAUGAAAUUGGUUACAUUUACAUACCAGAACUUUGGUUGAGUUUGCAGGACUGUGGUCAUGCAUGAAAGAGCCCCUCUGGUGAUGCCCUUGGAUGCUGCCAAGUCCAUGGUAAUUUUCAAUUUUGCCAUAUUUUGUUCUUCCUACCGGCCCCUGGAAUGUCUUUGGAUAUUGCUAAAAUCUAUGUCUGCGGCUGUGGUUUUAUCCACUGGACACAUUUGUGUCUGGGAACUAGGUUUUGCUGAGAUUAGUGUAACCUGGUAUACACAACUACCAUCCUCUGGACCAACUAUGGAAGCUGCUGCAUUUGUGAAGAAUCCUGAGCUUUGAUUCCUCUUUAGUCUCCCCAUUUGUUUCUUCCCCUCCCUACCCCCUUUUUCUCAUAAAACUAGGCCCUUUUUACAGAUAAGGUCAGUAGAGUUCCAGAAUAAAAGAUAUGACUUUUCUGAGUUAUUUAUGUACUUAAAAUGUGUUGUCACCAGUAUUUGUUCCCAAAAAUAUUAAAAGUAACCAAAAUGUUGAAA